AUGUUUGUUGGUUGUGUCAAGCAGACCCUCCCCAUCGUGCUUGCUGCUGUUUUAGCUUUGGGUGCUCUUCAUGCUCCAGUCAACCUAAGGCUGCCCUACUUGCCAGCAGUACCAACCUUCCAAGCCCUUCAGGCAGACUGGUCCAUUGCAACACGGCUGCCUGGCACCACGGCAGUGACUUUGGGCGCACGUCCCAUUCAAGGUCUGGCGAAAAGGAACCUCCAGUUCUAUGUCACCGGUGAAUCCCAAGAAGCCGUCCAGGCUACCCACGGGCUGGUGGGGGCAAAUGGAAAGACACCCAAAGGCCAGGAGAAGCCGUACAAAGACGAUUUCGAGGGACAGAGCGAGAUCGCAACACAUUUGCAUUAG